AAUCUAGAUGGUCGAGCUUGCGCAGUAGGUGUAAACAGGAAGAAACCUCUGAUAAUACAGUAAAUGUUCGCAUAGAGGAGUUCAAGAAAGCGUUGGAACCGAUGUUAUACUUGUGUUAUGAGCGUGUAAUGUAAAUUGCGUGAAAUCGGUAUAUUUUUCGCAACAGAUAGUGUUGGUCUUCAAUAUGUAAUUUAUGCCAUUUUAAAGGCACCGAACGACUGUUGCUAACACUUAACGUUAAGUACCCUGCUAACGUGAGCUAGCAAACGUUAACGUUAUUACCAGUGUAGUCUAUUCCUAUUAGUAUUUUGACAGAUUUGGUGUGUGCCUUUCUUUUAACGGUCCCACCAUAAUCUUGCAUUAUUUAGGCAAUCAUACGGUGGUCGCUGUGGUUUGAUGAUAACAGGGUAACGUCGCUAUGCUUCAUCUUUGUUCGUUUUUAAGUCGACGUGAGGUGGCCUACUAACCUACUAUUUGGUGUCCUGCACAAAUACGUCCCUCUUGCAAGCAUAGCAGCAUAGCUGACAUACAAUAUAUCAGGAAACACGGAGUCGAUAGAAAUGGUUCAAAAAGAUAAAACAGUGGACGCUUCCCAACCAGAGAAUGAAGCAAGUCCCAGUCCGGGAUCUGUAGAAGCCUGUGUCGAUGCUCCGGGCUCCGUCGAAGGACCCAUUAUCGGGGUCGAGAGAACAGGCCGGAGAAAAUUCACCAGUGGAGUCGUCGAGGGGUUCUAUGGGCGGCCAUGGACAAUGGAACAAAGAAAAGAGCUUUUCAGGAGGCUACAGAAGUGGGGGUUGAACACAUACUUGUAUGCACCAAAAGAUGACUACAAACAUAGAAUGUUCUGGAGAGAAAUGUAUUCAGUUGAGGAGGCAGAGCAACUUAUGACCUUGAUCAGCGCAGCAAAGGAAUAUGGGAUUGAGUUCAUCUAUGCCUUGUCCCCUGGCCUGGAUAUCACCUUCUCCAAUCAGAAGGAGGUGACCACGCUAAAGAGGAAGCUCGACCAGGUUACUCACUUUGGGUGCAAGUCUUUUGCCUUACUUUUUGAUGACAUCGACCACAACAUCUGCCCAGCAGACAAGGAAGUGUUCAGCUCUUUUGCACACGCCCAGGUGUCAAUCACCAAUGAGAUCUUCCAGUAUCUGGGAGAGCCGGAAACAUUUUUAUUUUGUCCUACUGAAUAUUGUGGGACCUUUUGCUAUCCAAAUGUGGCCCAGUCACCAUACCUCCGCACCAUUGGAGAGAAACUGCUUCCUGGCGUUGAAGUGCUGUGGACAGGCCCUAAGGUUGUGUCCAAAGACAUAACGGUUGAGUCUAUUGAAGAGGUGUCCAAGAUCUUGAAGAGGGCACCAGUCAUCUGGGACAACAUCCACGCUAAUGACUAUGACCAAAAAAGGCUGUUUUUGGGCCCCUACAAAGGCCGGUCUACAGAGCUCAUCCCCCGCCUGAAGGGCGUCCUCACCAACCCCAACUGUGAAUUCGAGUCCAACUAUGUGGCCAUCCACACCUUGGCCACGUGGUACAAGUCCAACAUGAACGGUGUGCGGAAAGACGUUGUCAUGACGGACAGUGAGGACAGCACAGUUUCCAUCCAGAUCAAGCUGGAGAACGAGGGGAGUGAUGAGGAGCUGGAGACGGACAUGCUCUACAGUCCCCAGCUGGCCCUGAAGAUGGCCCUCAGCGAGUGGCUGAGCGAAUUUGGGGUGCCCCAUCAAUAUAACAGUCGGCAGGUACCCCACAGUGGAGCCAAUAGCACGGCCAUUGAUAUCUCCUCCCUGGGCAGCCCGGGGAUCGGUGCCACCACCACAGUCACCACCAUCUUCCAGCAGCCCAUCAUGAGUCCCGCCCCAGCGGCUCUGGCCCCCGAGCCGCUCCCACUGGGCAAGGAGGACGAGGAGGUGGAGGAAGAGGAGGCGAAGAAAGAGUCGGACGAGGAGCCCAUGGAGACGGCAGCCGAGAAGCAGGAUGAGGCAGAGACGGAGGCUGAGGAGGUGGCCGCCGAGGCGGAGGACGUGAGCCAGAUCCUGACGGAGAUUGUCCAAGCCAAGAUGACGACCGAGGAGCUGCGGCCCAUGGACACGGACAAGGAGAGCCUGGGCGAGUCCAAGUCGCCCGAGAUGUCCGUGCAGGAAGACUCAGGCAGCGACAUCGCGCCCAUGCAGACGGACGAGCAGCAGCAGCAGCUGCUGCAGCUACAGCAGCAACAACAACAGCAACAGCAACAGCAGCAGCUGCUGAUGAUGAGCCAGGCCAAGGAGCCGGCCUUCGUGCCAGGCCCAAAUGAGAAGCCGCUCUACACGGCCGAGCCGCUCACCUUGGACGACCUGACACUACUGGCCGAGCUCUUCUAUCUUCCCUACGAGCACGGGCCCAAGGCCGCGCACAUGCUCAAGGAGUUCAACUGGCUGCGUGCCAACAGCAGCAUUGUCAGCGUCAACUCUGAGGACAAGGACCCAGAGAAGGCUCAGGAGUGGAAGAACCGAGCGGAGAAGUUCGAGGAGAUGUGCUGCUCCGUCAUCCAGAUGUUCACGCGCCUCUCCAACUCGGCGAACCGGACCAUCCUGUACGACCUGUACCCCUACAUCUGGGACAUCAAGAGCAUCAUCUCUAUGGUGAAGUCUUUUGUGCAGUGGCUAGGGUGUCGUAGUCAGUCCUCUGCACAGUUCUUAAGUGGAGACCCAGAGCCAUGGGCCUUUAGGGGAGGUCUAGCAGGAGAGUUCCAGCGAUUGUUGCCAAUAGAUGGGGCAAACGAUCUUUUCUACCAGCCUCCACCAUCCAUGCCCACCUCCAAAAUCUAUUCCAUACGGCCAUACUACCCCAAAGAUGAGGCAUCUAUUUACCAGAUCUGCAGAGAGAUGUACACUGAAGGCUGUGAUGAAAUGCCAUUCUCAGAUCAAGACCCAGAUCUGAUUGGAGAUCGGUUAGUGGGUGGUUUCCUGAGUCUGAGCCCAGACUACGGCUUUGUGCUGGAGGAUGAGGAGGGGAUCUGUGGCUAUGCUUUGGGUACUAUGGAUGUCAAGCCCUUUGUCAAGAAGUGCAAAGUCAGCUGGAUCCCCUGCAUGCAGGAGAAGUACACCAAGCCCGAGGGUGACAAAGAGCUUUCUGAGGCUGAGAAAAUGAUCCUGAGCUUCCAUGAGGAGGAGGAGGGUCUGCCUGAGUCCUUCCUUGGGAACUUUCCAUCUCUCAUAAAGGUUGACAUCCAUGCUAAGGUCACUGACCCCAGCGUGGCCAAAAGCAUGAUGGGAUGCCUUCUUUCCUCACUGAAAGCCAAUGGCUCUCACGGUGCCUUCUGUGAAGUGAGACAGAUGGAUAAGAGGAUGUUGGACUUUUACAGCAAACUGGGCUGCUUCGAGGUGGCCAAGAUGGAAGGCUUUCCCAAAGACAUCAUCAUUAUGGGGAGAAGCUUAUGAGCCUCUGGAAUGUGGUCUUAGAAGAGCGUGAGGGAAGACAUCUUAAAAGGAAUGGUGUUGGAAGGAAGAGCACAGACAGUGUCAAACAAAGGCCUUCAAUAUGUCUGCAAUCUUUCAAGACUCAGUGGUUACUUUGCUUUCCUUGUGUUUUUCUUUUUCUUGUAGUUCACCUCAACAAUAAGAUUUUAACCAAGGUAGCCUAUUCUGAAGUUGUGCACUGAAGGUUUCUGUAGAAUGCUGUUGCUUAAGUGAACCUUUUUUCCCCUUUCACUUAAACCCUUUGCUCAGGCACUCGGAACUCUGGUAGAGGGUGGGGCUUGAAGGGGAGGUGCAGUGUUCCUUUGGGCUGGAGAGGGAUGACUCUCCAGUAUCCUUUGGAAAUGAAGGGCACUUGUACUAUGCAUGCUCAGAUGGUUGAGGCUGAACCACCAUUAUCGGUCUCCCUCUACGUUCGUUUGUGUGUGUGUGUGAGAGAGACAUGGUGGACUGAAUCUGAAUUUUGUUGCGAGUGCUUUGUACGUGAGGGUGUAAGUUAGUGAGUGAGCAUGAGAGGAAUGUGUGCCUGAAUGAGAGAGAAAGUAACAGGAGUAAACCCCUAGACGUGAGGCUGUGAAGAGCAAGGCCCUCCUGAAUCUCAUACAGACUUGGCCUUUGCAGGACCCCAGAGGCCCUUAGCGUGCCUGAGCCAGAUUAUAUCUGUCCACUCGUAUUCCAGCCUUUUCUUGGAACUACUCUCACCAACUAAGCACAUCAUGGUGUAUUUAAACAGCAUGGCCAGUAAGUGAUAGACAUCAGCUGUGUAACCUAUGUUGGGAGUCAGUGGGCUUCUCUGCUCCCCGCCCAGGGGUGAUGGUGACCUUGUGAGGUCCUCACACAUGAAGGUCAAAUGUAUGGACAUUAGAGGCUCGCCGGUCCUGAAACAACUAUUCAUAUAUGGACCAGUAUAGCAGUGCCAUGAAAGCAGUGUGGUCUCAAACCAUCCAUACUUUUGAUAUCAAGAGUGGCUCUGUGAUGGUUUUGCUUGAGCACAGAAUUGCCUUUAGGCCUGUUGCCUUCUCCCAUAUGUUCAUGUAAUGGGAUACAUUUUUUUUUUUUCUGGAACUUUGAUGACAAGUGAAGCUAGAUGGAGGAAAGCUUGUGGGAUAUCUUGGUUGUCAGGAAAACCAACUAUAGAGGUAGACCUGCUCCUAACUUUGACCAACCUGUCCAAUUCGGAUUAUUUGCUCUAAAUGUAUACUAUGAAGAGCUUCCAAAUAGACCAGCAGCCAAUAACUUUUUAAUGCAGUGAAGCUUUUAAUUCGAUAUGUUGGUCCUGUAAUAUAACCUAAAUGUCUAGAGAUGUUUUGCUGUCUGUAUUGAUCUUCUCUCAGUUUGUGUCCAGUAACACAGUUGCCAAAGUGAGGACAGAUGUCUCCAUAGUGACUGGUGCCAUGGUAGGCAUGGGACCAUCACAGAAGAGACGAGGCCUCCCGUGGCAGCAUUUCCAUGUUUUACAUAAUUAGGUGGAUUGUUUUCAAGAUUUAAAAUGAAGAUGAAGCACUUUGGUCAAAAUAUCUUAUUUUGCCACAUACUCUUGGCCUCCUUGACUUUUAUUUUGGUUUUGAAAGAAAGGCACACGAACGGUGAAGUGGAUUUCAUACCCAGGAGUGGGGCGUCUUUGCCCAGUCAGACUGCCAAGUGGUCUUCCACCUCCUUCAUUCCUGUGCAUAUUCUAUUGAAAUUUGAUUUUCUACUUAAUUGGUAACCCUAAGAGGUCACAGGGACUGAAAAGUAAUCACCUUGUUUUCAGGUGGUGUUCACGGGGAAUCCCUCUCCAGCCCAUUAGACUCCCUGGUUAUUCUUGUGGUGUUUUUGUAAAUCACAACUUCACUUUUGGCCCAUGAACCGUUCUCAUGUCUUACCUCCAUACUGUUACUGCGGAGGAAAAACAGAUCACCCAGAAAUGACAAGGGCUGAAAUUGCUCUAACAUUUAUUGAAGGUGUAAUGGUGUGUGUACAUAUUUAAAAGAAAAAAGGUGAAUAUUUCCAUUUUUUGGAAUGUUGUGUGUGGGG